GGGAGGGUCUGGCCGGGGGAAGGGCGGCAGUCUUCGGGGUUUUUUCCUUGCGAGAAAUGCGAAUCGAGGAGGUUUCCCCUCCGAGCACGCCCGGGAUCGAACGGGGACCUGGCAAGCGCGGAGGCUCCGAACGUCCCCUCGCAAAGCCGCGCGUAACAUGAUCGCAAGCUUACUGCUCGUCUGCGGGAUGCGAAUAUCUAAUGGUUACAUCUUUUCAAGGAGUGGCUGUUCGCAGUCUCUGCACAUCCUCCCCCCAUGAACACCCGGAACAUGGAAGAUUAGUUUAUAAGGGAAAUUUGGCAAAGGCAGUGUUAGGUGUGAGGUUUUUCUCUUACUCCACCAGCAUAUUCAACCUGUUCAUGAUGCCCUACGUCAUGCUCAAAACUGGUAUUGGAUUUGAAAGUCUGCUAAUACAAGUUGCCUUUUAUGGGUUGAUUGGUUUUUUUACAUUUGUAACACCGGUUACUUUGCAUGUCCUUACAAAAGGCUAUGUGAUUCGACUCUAUUAUAAAAAAGAAAUGGACACGUACACAGCCAUUACAUACAAUGCAAUCUUGGCAGAGAGAGCGACUGUUUUCCAUCAGAAAGAUGUAAAGAUUCCAGACAUCACCAAGAUGUUUACAACAUUUUAUGCUAAAACAAAAUCAAUGCUUGUUAAUCCAACGCUUUUCCCAGAUCCUCAGGAUUAUAACCAUCUCAUGGGCUAUGACAAACUCCUUUAUUUUAACUUAGAGGAGGAAAAGGAAGCUGAUGAAAAUAAAUAAUUGAAGCUAAUGGACAUCACUGUCAUUGUUUGUGGUGCAGUGCUAUAUGUGUAAAAGAAUGUAAAAUUCUAUUAUGCUUUCUUAAACAUCAGAUAGCUAGAGUUCCCCAAAUGCAUUUUGGAAUGUAUGAAAAAAAAACCAGCCUUUUUUUUAAACUUGUAAACAAUGUGAAGGUUACUUUGGAGUUAAUGACACAAAACGUAGUUAAAAAAAAAAAAAGCUUAGAUCUGUCUUCUGCUUGUUUGUUAUUGGCUUGUUUUGUAUUGUUAACUAUCCAGGAGAACUAAAGUGCAUGGGCUGUGCAGCUAUCUCACUGUCUCCAUUUCAAAAGGAAUCAUUCAUAUAAUAAAAAUCAUCAAUUCUAAUUAGUUAAGUGUUUAAGCCUUAAAGAUGAGUUGUACUUAAUCCAAAAAGAUCAGGCUUUUUUGUUAGUGCUGCUGGUGGUAUGAAGGGAGUGGAGAUGGCUUUCACUUCCCUUUGUGAGAGCAUCAGUAGCCAGGAGGAAUCUUCAUAAAGCAGACGGGUGUUGUUGCACAUUCCUGCUACGGCCUCAUUCUAGAGGCCUGCAGGCCUCUGGGGAAGGUAGGGAGAGUGGCUGCGCCCCAGUAAUCCCUAGCUGCUCACAGCUACUAAAUGGGCUCUUCAGCUAGAGUCCCACUCCGAGCAACCUUUUUGUCCGCAGAGGUGGAGAGCAAGAAGCCUCUCGUGUUGGGCAGGGGGGAGCACCUUAGCAUGUGUGCUUGUGAAUAUCUCACUGAAAACUGGUGCUGUGGUCGAACCGACUUAAAGAAAAUACUAGCAGCUAGUGGUUAAAAUGGGAUUCUGUCAGCAUUUAUGUCAGGUAGGGGAGCAGAAGGGAAUCUCCUGUAGAGUACUGUUUAGAUCUUGUGCCUUUAAGGCAUACUGCUUGAUUUUUAGCACUGCAAAGAAAGCCACCUUAAGCUCAAGUAAAAAGGGGAUUAGAUCUUUUCAUGUGAUUAGGCUGGUUAGUUCUGCACUCUAUGUAGAAAUUGGAUUUGAAUAUUUUUAGCCCCAGGAGAGGUUUGUCAUGUAAACUGACAUACUUGUUUUGAAAUAAUGAUGGGCAUAAAUAUUCUGAGGCUUAAAAAUUACUGAAAUAAAAAAAAAAAUAAAAAAGGAAAGUUCAUUAUCAGUGUCCUUUGUAAUAAGUAAAUCUGAUGCUUGCUACUAAUUAAGUCAUCCUGAUACUGCAAAUAAAGAGAAAAUAAUUACAGCUACCUUUCUAGAUGUUUCCUAAGUUCUAGUUGAAAAAUUUUACUUAAAAGUCUAAAUGUUUUCCAAGACUAUUAUUUCAGUUUCCUGUCAUAGGAUGACACUAGAUAUUAAAACAACAGUGUUUUUAGAUGUUAUUUUUCUGAGUGUUGAAACUGCUCUCGGUGUACUUGCUGAGUAAUUAAAAAUCAAAUCACCCCAUUCAGAUAUUUUUGAGGCAGUUAUUUUGUGCUGGUAUAGCUAUCAUUUUAAAAGACUCAUCUAGCCCCAUUAAGCCAGUAUCGCUCCAUAGGUAACAAUGGUAUAAAAAAAACCAAUUCCAUAAAUGGUGUUGAAGAUGUAAGGCCAGUAGCAAGCAAUUCUGAUCACCUGGUUGUAUUAGUUGUCAUUACUGAAAUGAUGUUUUACACUUAAUUAAAACUAAUCUUUCCAUUCUUCCCA